AUGGACGUGUUACCUGGAUCGAGCCAAAAACGUAAGCAAAAAACACUUACUUUGGCAGAGAAAGUGAGAAUUAUAGAUGAUUUUGAUAGCGGUGGAGAGUUAUUAUUCCGCGAAAUUCAGAAGCGUGGUCACUAUGAAAAUCAACUAUUCACAUCUUCGGAUGGCUGGAUGCGCCAGUUCAAAGAGCGGUUUGGGCUGCAAGUGAAGCGUGUUGCAGGUGAAAAAGCUUCUGCUGACAUGCAAGCUUAUCAAAAAUUCAAAGAUAUUUUGGGUGCAAAAAUCACUGAAAUGAAGCUGCUGGGGUCCCAGGUUUACAAUGCUCAUGACUCGGCCAUUUUCGUCAAAUUAUUAGCAUCACGAACCCUGGCACUCUACAAUGAAAAGAACGUGUACGGUCGUAAAAUUAACAAGAUGCGUUACACCUUCAUGCCAUGCAGUAACGCUGAUGGUUCCAACAAACUUCGAUUGAUGUUUAUUGGAACUGCGGCCAAUCCACAUUCGUUCCCAGCGAAAGAGAUGCUCCCAGUUUCGUAUUACAACUCGAAAAAAGCUUGGAUGACAAGAGAUUUGUUUCGGGAGUGGUUUAACAACGAGUUUGUUCCGGCUGUUAGGAAAUUUGCUAGUGAGUGUUCCUUGGAACCAAAAGCGCUUCUAGUACUAGAUAAUUGUACGGCUCACUAUACAGGAAACGACGAUUUGGUUUCGGAUGACGGAUUAAUCAAGGUGAUUUAUCUUCCGCCAAAUGUCACCUCAGUGUGUCAACCAAUGGACCAGGCAGUGAUCAAUGCUGUCAAAGCACGGUAUAAGCGAAAACUUAUGCUUUGCUUACUAUUAGAAAACAAAGAGAGCAUUGACUGGCUGUCCUCUGCGUGGAAUGAGAUCAGUCAGAGUACGAUUAAAAACUCCUGGAAGAAAUUGAUAGACCAGUUUCCGGAAUGUGAAGCAACAUCUGAUGAUUCUCAUGAACCUGAUUUGAAUGCCGACUUGAAAGCUUUGGUCACAGCGGUGGAUUCUCUUGCUGGAACCUGUACCACCAAUGAAGAGAUAGAGCUGUGGAAGAGCGAUCAGUUUUACGAUGUUGACAACAAUCCUGCCUGGCUUACAAGCAUGGUAUUCAAUGAUCAAGAGAUUGUUGAUUCAGUAUUGCGUGAAAAAGUUACUCCAGUUGAAAAUUCAUUAGCAGAAGAAUCGAUCGAAACGUUUUCCGAGACACCGCCUGUGAGUAUUCGAGACCUGCUAGAAGAGCCGACGUUUUCUGAUGCACUCAAGCAUCUGGAUGCUUUGUUGCGAUUCGUGAGGAACGAUGCUGCAGAUUUGUUCACAUUCCACAAUCAGGCCUGUUGCUUCUUGCUCAACCAGGUCGAUAAUGCCGCACUCGCCGUCUUCCGCCAGAGUGAUGGCAAUAGGAAUCAUGCCAGCGACAACGAACACAGCUUCCAACUAGAUCGUUCUACAGGUGCUUGCAUCGUGCAUCGCCUUGACCCGAAACGUACGGUCCAGUUUCCUGCGAUUCCGAUGGGUAUCGAGAACCGCAGACCAGCCUAG